AUGGCCCGAACUCAAAAGAAUAAGGCCACGGAGUACCAUCUUGGGCAGCUGAAGGCAAAGCUUGCAAAGCUGCGGACACAGCUACAAGAGCCAGAUAAAAAGGGUGGCAGUGGAGCUGGUGAGGGUUUCGAAGUGCAGAAAUACGGGGAUGGAAGAGUGGCCCUUAUUGGUUUCCCUUCUGUCGGGAAGUCCACACUCUUGACACAUCUGACGGGAACCCAGUCUGAAGUGGCUGCCUACGAGUUCACCACCCUGACUUGCAUUCCUGGUGUGAUCCACUACAAUGACGCAAAAAUACAGCUGCUAGAUUUACCUGGCAUCAUCGAGGGUGCUGCUGAGGGAAAGGGAAGAGGGCGGCAGGUCAUCGCAGUGUGCAAGAGUGCAGACCUAUUGCUGAUGGUUCUGGAUGCCUCGAAGCCAGAUGCCCACAGGGAAAUCCUUACGAGGGAACUGGAGUCUGUGGGAAUUCGACUCAAUCGCCCACCACCGAACAUAUACUACAAGAAGAAGAAGACGGGAGGUGUCCACUUCAACAAGACAGUACCCUUGACGCACAUGGACGAAAAACUGGUGUUGAGGAUUCUGCAGGAGUACAAAAUCCACAAUGCUGAUGUUCUAUUCCGUGAAGAUGCCACAGUGGAUGACUUCAUCGAUGUGAUCGAGGGCAACCGCAGGUACAUUAAAUGCCUGUACGUCUACAACAAGAUCGACAUCUGUUGUAUGGAGGAGGUGGACGAGAUAGCACGACGGUCCAAUUCCAUCCCAAUCUCAUGCUUCCAGAAGCUCAACCUCGAUGGCUUGCUGGAGAAGAUGUGGGACAUGAUGUCACUGGUGCGCGUGUACACAAAAAAGGUUGGUAACAAGCCAGACUUUGAGGAGCCUGUCGUCCUCUCUGACGACCGCGGUGGCACCACGAUGGAGGGGCUGUGCAGGCAGAUUCACAAUACACUUGUGAAGGAAUUCCAAUAUGCAAUGGUGUGGGGCACCAGCGCAAAGCACUUUCCACAAAGGUGCGGGUUGGCGCACACUUUGCACGACGAGGACGUCGUGCAGAUCGUGAAGAAGAAGAAGUCCAGCGGUGAAGAUGGGAGGGGCCGGUUUAAAACGCAGAGCUCCGCCCCGUUGAGAAUAGCUGACAGAGAGAAGAAGGCUGCCCUCAAAACGUAG